AUGGUUUCGCUUCUAGGCGCUCCCAUCAUCUCGGCUCGAUCGGAGGAGGGCAACUUGUCUUCUCCAGAAUCGCGCGAGGGAACCAGGUCGACCACACGCCAUGAGCUCAAACCACACCAUCUUCAUCCCGGCCACGCGGCCAGCCCACAAGCCGGGGGCCCACGCACUGGUGUACUUUAUCCCGGGAACCCGGGCCUCAUCGAGUACUACCGCGACUUCCUCAAGUUCCUCAGGGUGCUCCUCGACCGCACCUCGCCGCCGUACGGGCUCGAGGAGCAGAUUUGCCGAGCGUACGCGGGCGUCGCCGAGCAGAGGAUCGAGGAAUCGGCGCGACCCGAGGAAAACGGGCGGCCCUACGACUUUGUCGUCGUCAUUGGCCACUCGGUCGGGUCGUACAUUACGCUCGAGAUCUUCCACCGCCACCACCACGAUCCGUCGUCGGCGCCGCACCUCCGCCUGCACCACGGCAUCCUGCUUUUCCCCACCGUCACCCAUAUUGCCAAGUCGCCCAGCGGCCGCCGGCUCAAGGCCCUCAGCGACCGACCCGUCCUCGCCGACAAUGCUCACCGGGUGGCUAAAGCCCUGGUGACGCCCUGGCCAAGGCCCGUGCUACGCUUCCUCUGCCGCGCGCUCAUGGGCUUCUCGCCCGAGGCGGCGCGCGUCACUGUCGAGUUCCUCAAGAGCCGCGACGGUAUUUGGCAAGGGUUGCACAUGGGCCGCGACGAGAUGGAUGUUAUUUCCGAGGACAGGUGGGACGAGGAGCUGUGGGAGGUGUUUCGCGAUGCCGAGGAGCAUAGGCACAGGUUGCCCAAGUUCAUGUUCUUCUUUGCGAAGCGGGACCACUGGGUUGCGGACGACGUCAGGGACGAGUUUGUCCGCAAGCUCCAGAGGCACGCGACGAGGGAAGGGCCGGAUCACAAAAGGGGCGGACCGAGGUUGUCGUGGAGCAGGAUGGCAAGGUCGUCCACGCCUUUUGCACGCGAGAGAACCUGGCUCAACCAGAUCCAGGACAACUUUUCUCCCUAUGACCCAGGAAAGGAGCGGCAUACGCGUGUCUUGGACGAGGCCAAGGUCCUGGCCGGUACCAUGAUGCGAGAAACACGCAAGUGUCAAGGACACGCGCCCGAGUUUCCCGGUCUUCGGGAUGCGACGAUUGAUGAAUUGGCGCAGGGCCUCGAGGAUAAGCUCUUUACGAGUCUCGACCUCGUCAAGGCGUACAUUGCGAGGAUUGAAGAGGUCAACUCGGACCUGCACGCCGUGGCCGAGAUCAACCCUGAUGCGCUGGACAUCGCCAUCGCCUUGGAUGCCGAGCGAGAAGCCGGACAAGUUCGCGGUCCCCUUCAUGGCCUCCCCAUCCUCCUCAAGAACAAUAUCGCCACGGCAGACAAGAUGAACAAUACAGCCGGCUCGUUCGCCCUUCUCGGCGCCAAAGUGCCGCGCGACUCCUUUGUCGCCCAAAAGCUCCGCGAGGCCGGCGCCGUGCUGCUCGGCAAGGCCAACCUCAGCCAAUGGGCCAACUUCCGCUCUGGUAACAGCUCCAACGGGUGGUCCGCGCAUGGUGGGCAAGUCUUGGGCGCGUAUAUCGCGAAUCAGGAUCCCAGCGGUAGCUCGAGCGGCUGCGGCGUCGCGUCCGACUUGGGGCUGGCGGUGGCCUGCAUCGGCACCGAGACGGACGGUUCCAUCGUAUCCCCGGCCAGCCACAACAACAUCGUCGGGUUCAAGCCCAGCAUCGGCCUCACGUCGCGCGACCUCGUGAUCCCCAUCAGCGAGCACCAAGACACCAUCGGCCCCAUGGCCCGCACCGUCAAGGACGCCGCCUACCUCCUCCAGGCCAUGGCCGGCCGCGACGACAACGACCCCUACACCGCGGACAUCCCCGACGACGGCGCCAUCCCCGACUACCUCGCCGCCCUCGACCCCGACGCCCUCGCCGGCGCCCGCCUCGGCAUCCCCUCCGCCGUAUUCGAGCGCUUCGGCUGGACCGACCCCGAUUUCCCCGAGCUCUACAACUUCUACAUCGCCUUUGACGUGCUCCGCAUCGCCGGCGCCACCAUCGUCACCGCCGCGUUCCCCAACGCCACGGACCCCAGCGUCGUCGACUACGACGCCGAGACCCGCGUCCUCCACGCCGACUUUGGCCCCAACCUCGCCGCCUACCUCGCCCAGCUCACCGAGAACCCCGCCGGCGAGUAUCCGGACCGCGACACCGCCAUCUGGGACGACGCCCUCGAGGGUCUCGGCUACGACAACACCGACCCCCGUUUUCUCGACGACUUGGACGCCCUGCGCGGCCUCGGGCGCGAUUUUCUCCUCGCCGCGCUCGAACAGGAUGAUCUCGAUGCCCUGAUCCUGCCGACGGCUCUGGCCAGCGGAUGGGCGGCCAUGGCGGCCGCGCCCUCGUCACCGUGCCCAUGGGCUUCUGGCCCGAGGGUGAAGAAGGCGACGCGGGCGAGGGGAGGAGGGGUUUAG